AUGGAAACGGUGCGCUUGACCAAAAAUGCAAUGUAUCCAGCCAGCCAGUCCCCAAACACUAAGAACCUGCAGGACACUCAGGACUCCCUAAAAAGUGUCUGGCGGCAGCAUGAGAUUGAAGCCGGGCAGACCCAGCUCGUGACCUUGCGCCCCCCGGGUGGCAGCGGCCCAGACCCUGACCUGCCUCCACCACCCAGCCCGGCGCGGCGUCCCCCAGCAGUGGAGCCGCGAGGUCACUCUGGGCUCCUCUCCACCCGAGCGAGACGCAGAGCCAUGCUGGGUCGCCUAACCCUCCUGUGGGUCCUCCUGAGCCCGGGUAAGUCCGCCCCCCUCCCCCGGGCGGGGUCGCGGGAAGGCGGUCUGGCCCUGGGCCGCCCCUGCCUCUCCGCUGCCCGCGCGCAGGCGGCCAGGAGGCGGUCGGGCUGCAGCAGCCGGCCUCGGUGGUGGCGCGAGGGCCGCUCGGCCACCCUGCGGGUGCCGCCUCCAACAGGGCCAGGCCCCGAGAGGCUCCUCCGACUGGCCACGUUCAAGGCGGACGUGCGCUGGGAUUCGGUCCCGGAGGCAGACAGACCUGGUCUCGCCGUGCCGAACCUGCUGUACAUUUCAUCUGAUGUUAUCAAAAUGGAAUCAGGCCCUCCAUUGGAAAAAUCUGAGGAAGACAAGAUACCUGAGACUUGUACGUCUGCCAUCGCCAUUCACAGUGAGGGGAAGAAGACUUGGCUGCCUACCCUUGUGCCCUCUGGGAACUGCACAGUAGCAGGCAUUAGAACAUUCAAUAAAUGCCCACUGGUUCUCCGUUCACUGGUAUGAAUUGGGAAGCCAUCUGUAUGCUUUUGUAAGGUUUCUAGAUAAAUGUACAUGUGGGUGACUCUAUAUGGAGUUGCCAAAUUCUGUAUUUUCUCAAAGAGGAAGCUUUGCCUACGUAUGUGCAAAUUAUCGGCCUCAUCUUUUCCAGGAUCUGCUCCCUCCCCAACAGGCUUACUAAUGACCCUCAUCUUUAUUCAUCUGAGUCAAUCUCCCCCACUCAGUUUUCCUGCCAAGAUAUAUAGACUACGCUAUUUCUGUGACUUCUUUUGUACUACAGGUUGCAUUACAUGUUUCUGAUCCACCUGUCCCCUUCAAUUUAAAAAUAUGGAUAUUGGUUUAAAUGCGAUUAUAAUUAGAGGAGUUAAAACAAUAGUCCAGGAAUCCCUCUCAGCUCUGGACUCCCUCCUGUCCACAUGGGCAACCUCAGCCCCAGUCCCCAGCCUCAGCCUCAGCCCCCGGUCUGUGCUGCCUGAAAGCCACCUCAGUCCUGGAGGCACAGGAGGAGGGGGCAGACGGCCACCAGCUGUGCCAGGGGCUGCCAGCCUUCAUGCUCCAAGUUCCAACAGACCUGAUUUCCUCCUGACCAGGGCCCCUGUCUGAGCUUUGUUGAGAAUAGCCUGAGUGAAGCAGGGAGCAUCCACCAUUAGUCCUGAGAUUUCCAGAGAGUGUGGAUGAC